AUGCAAGGGAAGGGUAAAAGGAGUAGGCCCUCUUGUUACAAAGUCCCUAAAACCACAGCUAAAAAGCAGGGCAGCUAUGUUCCAAAACCUAAGGGGACAGAGAGGAAAGGUACUGGAAGAGGAGCAAGACUAUCUGGGCUAGAUUUUGGUGACGUUGGAGAUGCUGUGAGCAAGGAGCAUGACCUCCUAGAUGAUGAUGUCAGUGAGCUUGGUUUUGAGGACUACCUAGAUGGAAGCUCAACCAUGGACAAGGUGUACAGGAAUGGGAAAAUAUGGACUGAGCAGCCAUAUGGUAGUAUAGCUGGCAACAAGAGAUUUACUGUUGCUUGUAUCAUGGAAGCAUGUGAAUGGAGGAUACAUGCUUCCAGGUUAACUGACAAGAUAAGUUGGGCCAUAAAGACUAUCAACGGGGAACACACAACCUGUGGAAGGUUGGAGGAGAACCCCAUGAUAUCUUCAAGUUGGUUGUGUAAGCACUUACUGGAUGUGAUUAAAAGCAGUCUUGAAAUUCCAGUGGAAGCAUUACAAAAGAUCACCCAAGAGAGGUUUAGGGUGAUAGUGAAGAAAAGGUUGUUUUACAAAGUGAAGGUGAUGGCCAAGGAGCAGAUCUAUGGGGGUUUUGCUGAGGCUUAUAGCUUGCUGCCUAGGUAUGCAGAGGUUAUCAAAGCCACCAACCCAGGGUCAUAUGCCUUGAUAAGUUGGACAGGGAGCACAGGCCAGGUGGCACCUAGGUUCAAGUCUUGUUUUUUCUCCUUUCCUGCCCAAGUCAGAGGAUUCUUAAGAGGUUGUAGGACUUUGAUAGGCAUUGAUGGGGCACAUUUGAGUGGAUACUAUAAGGGGAUCUUACUGUCAGCUCUUGGUGUGGAUGGUAACAAUGAGAUUUCUUUGAUUGCCUAUGGAAUAGUUGACACUGAGAGUCUGGAAUCUUGGGAGUACUUCUUUAGGAAUUUAAAGAUUUGCUUUGAGAAGGAUGAGAUCGGUGUUGAUGUUGCUGUUCAUGGGGUGUUCCCCAAGGCAAGUAGGAGGGUGUGCUGCCAGCACCAUUACAUGAACUGGAAAAACUUAGGCUGGAGUGGCACAGCCUUCCAUAAGCUAUUCUGGAUUGCUGCAAAUGCUUACAACAACUAUGUCUUCAACAAGGCUAUGGAGAAGAUUAUGGCUUUUGAUGUUGAUGCUGCAGCUUACUUAGACACCACCUCAGAGCAGUGGUCUAGGUACAUGUUUGACACAACAACCUCCUGUGAUCACAAUACCACAAACUUUGUUGAAAGUUUCAAUGCUUGCACCAAAGCUCACAGAGAUUUACCUGUACUGAAUUUACUUGAAGCCAUUAGAGUUUGGUCCAUGAAGAGAAUUGGUGCAAGGUUUGACAAGGCCAUUGACAUGGAGCCAGGGCAGUUGACUAAGUAUGCUACAAAGGUCCUUGAAACCAGGAGUGGAGAAUCAAGGUUCUGUCAUGCUACACCAUGUGGAGGAGGAGAGUUUGAAGUGACAGAUGACAAUGUCACAUUUCCAAUCAAUUUGGCAAGGCUCACUUGUGGUUGUGGCAAGUGGCAAGGUUGUGGGAUCCUUUGCAAGCAUGCCUUGAGGGUCAUGUACAAUCAAAGGAUUGACCCUAUUGAGUAUGUUUCUGAUUAUUACAAGGGUGCAGCUUACAAGGCGACCUAUGGUGAGCACAUCCAUCCCAUGGCUGAUUCUUCUCAGUGGCCAGAUUACAAUCUACCUCACAUCAACGGCUAG